GCGCCUCUCGGUCCCGGCACUGGCGUGGGUGGAGAAGUCUCGUGAGGAGCGCGCGCCCGGGAGAGGCGCUUGCAGGGUCUGAGGCUGCUACUGGGGGACUUUGGCUGGGGGCGGCGCCCAGGCUCACCUCACCCCACCCCACCCCACCCCCGCCUGCAGGGCGCGGACCGGCCAGUGGUUGGCCGGCUCUGCCCUGCACAGGCCUGGGACAAGUGCUGAGCCGGCCCGCUGACCCCAGGGCGGGGAGUAGAAAAAUGCAGCGAGUGAUCUGCGUUAACCAGUAACAGAGUCAGGGGCUAUAAGUGCUUAGUCCUCGCUGAGGCUGCAGCCAGCGCCGGAGCAAAGAAACCCACCCAGCUCUUGUGUCUUCCUCCGAAGCAGGAAAAAGAAUCCAGACUGUGAAGCUACCUGUUGACAAGACAACUUCCUGCUGCUUUGGUGGAAAGGAUUAUUCAGAAAUGUAUGUGACUUCUGCCUGUCAAGGAAUGGAUGAUGAAUCGUUUUCACGGCAACCACAGGCUGGUGGUAUUUUCAAGAUAACUGGACUUGGGGUGAAAGGAAUCCCACCGCAUUCAUUUGCAGGUUAAAUAUUCACUCUUCAGAACAAAGUACACCUCCAAAAGCAGGAACAGCUUAAGCAAGAAACAUAUUAAACACGUAUUUUAGCUGGAAUUCUGCAUCUCCUGCAUUUGAAACCACAGCUCUGUGGGUAGACUUCUGGCAGAAAUGGAUAAAUGAGGCAACUUUUGAAAUGCAUCAAAUUUUUUCAAAAUUCUUUAUUUUCUUGGACUCCUGUGUAACUUUAAAUAUCUCCUGUAAUUUUCUAUAACACUAAAAUCACUCUCAUCUUAAUAAACUUUGGAAUAUAACUUGAACA